AUGAAGUUCUCCACCACCAUGAUUGCCAUCGCUGCAGCCGGCCUCGCCAGCGCCCAGCUUCCCAAUGUUCCCAGAUGCUCGAUUAACUGCUUCGUCAGCGCCCUGACAAGCGACGGCUGCUCCCAGCUCCUCGACUUCAAGUGCCACUGCCAGAAGCCCGAGCUUGUCACCACCAUCACCCCCUGUGUUGAGGCGGCCUGCGGCUACAACGACCGCGUCUCCGUCUCCAACAUCGUCGUAGCGCAGUGCAGCUCCGCCGGCCACCCCAUCGACAUUCCCCCCGUUGCCACCAAGGCUUAA